AAACAAAAAGGACAUUUUGGAGGCGUAGUUCCCCAGCAUCUUUUGCUGGAUGGAAAAUUAUACUGCAAAGCAUGUACAACAUACACCUCAAUAAGUGACACUACUAUUUCUGGAUAUCCCCUAACUACCUUUUUUUUUUUCUUACUUUUUCCUGACAGUGACUAUUUAUUCAAGCUGCUCCUCAUUGGUGACUCUGGUGUUGGAAAGUCUUGCCUUCUUCUCCGAUUUGCAGAUGACACAUACACAGAAAGUUACAUUAGCACUAUUGGCGUGGACUUCAAAAUACGAACCAUAGAACUAGAUGGAAAGACCAUUAAACUUCAAAUUUGGGAUACGGCGGGUCAGGAGAGGUUUCGUACAAUCACAUCCAGCUACUACAGAGGUGCUCAUGGUAUCAUCGUAGUGUACGAUGUCACAGACCAGGAGUCCUUCAACAACGUCAAACAGUGGCUACAGGAGAUCGACCGCUAUGCCAGUGAAAAUGUCAACAAGCUUUUAGUUGGGAACAAGUGCGACCUGACAACAAAGAAGGUGGUGGAUUACACGACGGCAAAGGAGUUUGCAGACUCUCUGGGCAUCCCAUUUUUGGAAACCAGUGCCAAGAACGCCACCAACGUGGAGCAGGCCUUCAUGACCAUGGCCGCUGAGAUCAAGAAGAGGAUGGGCCCCGGGGCGACGGCUGGAGGAGGGGAGAAGGCCAACGUGAAGCUGACCCCUGGCACCACUGUCAAGCCCUCGUCAGGAGGAUGCUGCUGAGAGAUGAAACCACCCCCUCCAAACUCCACCUGCCACAAAGUACACAGGACAGGGGGACGACUUGGCUCACACGUCCCCGUGAGAACAAGAUGAAGUUGCCCGCAUUUGUACUGUACAUAGUAUAGCCGCACUACCAAAAACAAAUAAAGCAUCCUUCUUGUCAUACUGUCCAGUUUAUCGAUAGCUAAUUCUACAGAUAGACCAUCAUUCAACCCGUCCCACGACUACACCCCCACACCCCUUUAUCUCAGAUCUCUCAGAGACUACUCUUUUAUCUGGCCCUCUGAAUGCAGUUUUGUGAGAACAGUGUGUGUGUGAGAAUGUGUCUGUUUCUCUGCAUUCCUACAGGUAAAUUAGUUUCAUUAAGGUUUCUGUCUGUAUGCACCUUUUUUCUGUUGUUUCUCUUUUCCUUUCUGUGAUUUACAUUGCGGUUUGUGUCAGCAUGCGUCUGUCUGUCAGUCUGUCCCCAUUUGAAGGUGUUUUUUUUUAUUAUUUUUUUAUUGCUCAGUAACCUCCAACAGCAGUGUCUCACUGCAUCUAAAGUGCAACAGACUUGGAUGGGUGCGUGUGUUUGUAUAUGUGUGUGUAUGUAUGUGUAUGUGUAUAUAUACACACAUUCAUACACACACAUAAUUUGCCAUUUCUGUAGUGUUCAAUGCGUCAUUGGGCUUGUCUUAACUCUUUAUCUCUGCAUUACAUUCGUGGCUGAAGACAACUGUACGUUUGUUGCUCAACAUGUAACACUUGAACUGAAAAAUAAAUAUUGUACUACCAGACUGUAUGAAA